GAGACUCAUUUUAUUUGAUCCCAGCUCCCAUGGUAAACAUGUGGCCGUGAAAAAAAGACGAGCGUAGUUGACCCCCCCUACCACUCCUCUCUCUCCACCACCCUCGCUGCUGCCGAACCAUUUCGCUUUCUCCUCUUCUCUCCUCUUCUCCCACCGAUUGACACCCCCGGCUCGUCUCGGCAGAAGCAGCAGCAGCAGCUGCAGACCCAGCUCAUGGCCACCGUUCGAGGCCUGUGCAAUGGCCUUGGGGACGUGGAGGAGGCGGACGACGGCGCUCCGUCGUGCCAGCUUGCGCAGGAGGCCCCGAGGUCCGCUCGCCCCGGCCUCAGCCCCGCCGCUCCUGUGCCGCCUCAACCUCCAUCAUCAACAGCAGCAACAACAACAUCGGCGUCGUCUCCUCCUGCGCUGUCCACCAUGGCGGAGUACCCCGAGGGUGGUGGUGGUGGUGGCGGCGGCGCGGCCUACGUGAACGGCGCGAGGCGGCGGUCAGUGGGCCACCACCCCUACCGCAACAGGGCCAUGUCUGAGCCGGAGAGGAUGGCCGACUUUCUCAUCAGCGGAGGCACCGGAUACGUUCCAGACGACGGCAUGACCGCGCAGCAGCUGUUCGCCGGUGCGGAUGGACUCACGUACAAUGACUUCCUCAUCCUUCCCGGCUUCAUCGACUUCAGUGCGGAUGAAGUGGACCUGGCAUCGGCGCUCACCAAACAGAUCACCCUCAAGACCCCGCUCGUCUCCUCCCCCAUGGACACGGUCACCGAGUCCAGCAUGGCCAUCGCCAUGGCGCUCAUGGGAGGUGUGGGUGUGAUCCACCACAACUGCACUCCUGAGUUCCAAGCCAACGAAGUCCGGAAAGUGAAGAAGUACAAGCAGGGCUUCAUCACGGACCCCGUGGUGCUGAGCCCAGCCCACUCGGUGGGCGACGUGUUCGAGGCCAAGGCGCGCCACGGCUUCUCGGGGAUCCCCAUCACCGAAACGGGGCGAAUGGGCGGCCGCCUCGUGGGUAUCAUCACCUCGCGCGACAUCGACUUCCUCACCGAGAAGGACUACAGCAUGGAGCUCUCGGAGGUGAUGACCAAGCGGGAGGACCUGGUGGUGGCGCCGUCAGGGGUGACGCUCACGGAAGCCAACGAGCUCCUGCAGAGGAGCAAGAAAGGCAAGCUGCCCAUCGUGAACGAGAAGGACGAGCUGGUGUCCAUCAUCGCGCGCACCGACCUCAGGAAGAGCCGCGAAUACCCGCUCGCCUCCAAGGACGAGCGCAAGCAGCUGCUUUGCGGCGCCGCCAUCGGCACCCGCGAGGACGACAAGUACCGCAUCGACCUGCUCGCCCAGGCCGGGGUCGACCUCGUCGUGCUGGACUCCUCCCAAGGCAACUCCAUCUUCCAGAUCCAGAUGAUCCGGUACAUCAAGCAGAAGUUUCCGGACCUGCAGGUGGUGGGCGGCAACGUGGUGACGGCGGCGCAGGCGAAGAACCUCAUUGAUGCCGGCGUGGACGCUCUGCGCGUGGGCAUGGGCAGCGGCUCCAUCUGCAUCACGCAAGAGGUGAUGGCGGUGGGGCGCCCCCAGGGCACGGCCGUGUACAAGGUGGCGGAGUACGCGCGCCGCUUUGGCGUGCCCGUCAUCGCCGACGGCGGCAUCCAGACGGUGGGGCACAUCAUCAAGGCGCUCGCGCUGGGGGCCUCCACCGUGAUGAUGGGCUCCCUGCUGGCCGCCACCACGGAGGCCCCGGGCGAGUACUUCUUCUCGGACGGGGUGCGGCUCAAGAAGUACCGUGGCAUGGGCUCGCUGGACGCCAUGGAGAAGAACAAGGGCAGCCAGAGCCGCUACUUCAGUGAGAACGACAACAUCAAGGUGGCACAGGGCGUGUCCGGCUUGGUGCAGGACAAGGGCUCCAUCCAGAAGUUUGUGCCGUAUCUCCUCGCCGGCGUGCAGCACGGCUGCCAGGACAUCGGAUCAAAGUCCCUCUCCAUGCUGCGCUCCAUGAUGUACUCUGGGGAGCUCAAGUUUGAGAAGAGGACCAUGUCGGCACAGGUGGAGGGGGGAGUGCACGGACUCUACUCCUAUGAGAAGCGCCUCUACUGAGUCGGAUGGGGAGCAGAAGCAUCAGCAGCAGCAGCAGGAGGUGACACCGUGGUCGCCCGGUUCCUACUGCCGUCCCCCCCCCCCUCUCCCUGCCCCCACCCCCUCCCCGGCCUCUGACCUUGGCAUGGGUCGUCUUGACGCACAAGAAGAAAAUAAAUAAAUGCAACUUUAAAAAAAAAGGUAACGUGGUAAAAACGCAACGAAGAGGUUGAGAAAUACCGCGUCCGAACGGAGGGGGUUCCUGACUGCCCCCCCCCCCGUCCCGCUUGCUGUGCUGCCCCCCCACCCCCCGUGUAAGUGCCUGCCGCUUGGCGGAACCGCCGAGGGACUGGCGGAGCGGCCAUGACAGAGAAGCCCAGAGGGGAGCGGUCGCCAAGCGUUGCCAUCCCCCCUCUGUGUCGUCGUCACGUGCAGCUCCGGUGCCGGUAUCGAUCGCCACUGACUGUAGCCGUGGCCGGGAAUCGACCUUCGGCAAUAACGAGCGAUGUAACCACGGUACUUGACCACCCAGGCAAGCAUCGGCGAGUACCAAGACCCUCUUAUGAAGAGGUUCUUGCUCGAGACGUUUGGCCAAUUUACUUUUUUCCAGUGUUUUUGCUUCAUGAGCUCAGUGAGAUGUGGAGGAGUUGGCCUAAUACACACCGUACCGUAUGGGGGGCCCUCCACAGUGGAGGCCCUUCUGCCAGCAGCAGUGCGAGCCAGCGGUUAACGCAGGGCUGCGCCAAACAACCCAAGGGGAUGCCCCCAUGUGUGCGAUGAGGUUAGCACUCAACGCUCGGUCUGUUAUUAUAAACCUACUUGCUCUUCUGCCCUCCUUGCUCGAAGUCGGCAAAACACUGCCGGUGGUGGUGGCGGUGGCGGCGGUGUCGUCGCGUAAACGUGCCAACGGUGAACGUCGCCGGCGCACGGAAAAGUUCCGUGGGACCCCGGCGGUGUUUUGUAAUUUUUUUAGGCCUCGAAUCCGCGGGCCCCGCGUGCGGUUUUUGGGCUCGCGCCAAUUGCGAGGCCGCGAUUUUAAAUCCCGCUUGGGCACGGAGGUCGACACCGGCCCAGCCAUCGGUCCCUCCCUCCGAAGCCGAUUCCAACCAGCACCGCUUUGUGUGCAAAGUCAACAGCGGUUUGUCCUGUGGAUAGACUCGCACCCACCCCCACAGACCGCCGCCAGAGGAAUGUGGAAUUUCCACCGCAGGCUCUGCAGAGCUGUUAACAGUUGAGCCACCGAUGCCUCGAUGCUCCUUCGAGCAGGAGGUCACUUUGAGCAUUUAUUUUGUGAAAGUCCAGUGCACAGGCACGCUUACUGCGUGCACGUACAGACCGCCCUGCAGCUACCCGAGAACAGCUCGCAUCACAGCUGUUUUAAUUAUUCAAAAUCGGACAAAUCCAACUUGGCCAGCGGCGCAUAUCUCGUCGGCGGUGGCAUUCGACGGCGCCUCAACGUCCCUUGUCUUGUGAUCCGGAGCUUAAAUAAAUUUCGGCACACCACGUCCACCGUACCUUUCGCUCCGACCGUGGCGAUGGCUGUCGCCGAGCCACGUCGCCAACGGCGACCCGAAGACACGCACGCCAGGCACACCGCAUCCAACAUGAACUCUCGCUCCGACCGUGGCGAUGGCGGCUUCGUCAAGCCGUCGCCAACGAGCCGGAGCCACUUUUUUCACGCACCCGGCGGCACACCGCGUGCGUCCAUAGCUCUCGCUCCCGGCCGCGGCGGCUGCCGCUUGUCGCGUUGCCGCCUGCGCCGGUCGAUGGCAGCAACCCACGAAAAACACCCGGUGAGAAAUGAAGCUCUCUUCGUAACUUUGUAGUUUUUUUUUUAUAUAAACAAACAAGUGGGAGACCGCGUGCUGGUGGUGCGUCGUUACUGCCGGCUCGCCCCUGCGUGUACGGCGACCGGUGCCGUGGGAGGGCAUCCACACGAAGUGUGGAUUCUUCCUCCGCCCGUUAUUUUUUUGCCGAAGCCUCGCCAACAGCCAAUUUGUGUCGCAGUGGAAUCCUAGCCGCUCUCGCGCUCUGCUUCGCCACGACGACGUCGAAUUUGUACCGCGCGGCAAACCAGAGGCGCGCGACGCAAGGCUGCAAGAACCAACUCCACGCCAACAGUUGCCCAAGUUCUGUGGACCUACAUUGGGACGAGUGUACGCGCGGGAGGAAACCGGAGUGUCCAGAGAAAUCAAACACCGGCCGGGGGGAGGGGGGGUUAGGGGCGGGCGGUGGUAAUGCUCAGUACCCCCCCCCCCCCCCCAUCAUACACGCGGCGUUUAAUCCACUUUCUAAACUGCCACGUGUGAUGGGACGUCACGGUGAUGAGGUGCCACGGUGACGAGGUGUUGGCUGCGUCGAUUUUGCGCUUGGCGCCGGCAGUGGCCGUGUCCGUUGGUCGUCGCCAAGGCCCGGCACCACCGGCGUGAGCGUUGGGGGGUGAUGAUGGAGGUGACGACGAUGAUGGCAGUGUUGGUAACGAUGGUGGUGAUGGAAUGGUGGUGAUUUUGGUCGUGUCCCGCUGUUGUUGAGCUGUAGAUGCUAAUGAUAAUGCUGGUGAAGAUGUUUCAUUGUUGGGCUGUCGGUGGUGGUGAUGAUCAGGGCUUGAUAUUUCGCUCGGCAUUUCCGGAACGCUGCCGUGCUGGCAUGUAAUGUGGAUUCGGGCACUACCACGAGAGGACAAGGUAUGCCUCUCAUUAAUAUUCCGACCAACCAAUGGGCUUAGGACAAACCACAAGGAGGGGGAUGGCUUGUGGCAGGGCCAAAAUAAUUCCCGGACGCGGCGUUCCAGACUGUCCUGGCUAAAGUCAAGCACAAGGUGGUGAUUAUGAUGGCGAUGGUUGUGUUUUUCCGUUGGACUGUAGGCGACGAUGAAACAAUGGCCUCGACAAUGUCUGGCUGUUGGGCUCGUGACGACGAUGAUAAGCUGACCGCCGUUUCAGUGUCUUAGGCAUCCGCGUGAACACGCGCGUAACUUUUUGCGAGGGCCUUGUGCGGAACCGCGCCAGCAGUCGGACCUCCCCCCCCCCCCCCCAUGCAGCUCCGCUUUCGGCCGUGAAUUCCCUGGGCCGUGCCCCGUCUGUCGCUGAUCCCCCCCCAUUGUAGCCAACACCCCCCCCCCCUCCCCUCUAGUCUAACCCUAAAGCUGUCCGCUUUAACGCACAGCCCCGCAAACCCCCGCCGUCGCCCAUCCGCCUGUAGCCCAAGCUGCCAAUACUCAAACCGCUAGCCCCUCGCCCCCCCCCACACAAAAACCAUCCCUAGGCCUAGCUCUGACGUAAACUCUGGCCCCCCGAACCCAGACCCCAUGGACUUUGGACCCCAGGGUCAAAACACUACCCCGGCGAUACGACGCCCUCCGUGUGGACAGAUGACCUCCCCUGGGGAGGGCAGGCGGGGGUCAAAAUAUAUUACUUUGACCUGCGGGGGUACAAACUCUGCUUGAGCGCCGCGAUGGCCCGUGGGAAAAUGAUUUCCGUAGAGGCAGAAUUAGGCCGAGGGGUUAAACUACCGUGGUAGGUGGGGUGGGUUGCCGUGGAGGGGUGAAUAAUGUGGAGGCGUCUAACCCUAGGAUUAUUAAUUCUAUGGUGGGGGUCGAGGUGGUGUCUCCUGGCGAUCCUGAACCCCCCAGUGCCGUGGCCCGGCAGCCGUGAAGCCCCGUGGCCGAUGUGGUUUUUUCGAUCCGGCAAACUCCCGUGGAUCCAACGUCGCCCCUGUCGCCGCCACCCGGACUCCGUUUCCAACCCAGGAUUGGGUGGACGGAGUCGGCGGAGCGGGAGCGCCGCGGUUCGGAUGGCUCUGCUCUGCUCGUGCCGCCGCCGCUGCUGCGGCCACUCCGGUUCUGUGGAGAAUCGGAUGAGAUUGAGAUCACAAUCGGAUAACGGGGGGGAGGGGGGUUAGGGUUUGAAUGCACGUGGCGGGCACUCGCUCGAACGCGUCGGCAUCUCAGAGCGCUUUGCGUGGCAUCUCAACCGAUCCAUUGUCCAGCGACAUUCUUAAUCUAGAGGGGAUGGGGGAGGGGGACCCCCAGUGUCAGCCGCCCCUACGCGACACAGGGCAUGAAGCAGCACCGGCCUGCGAAUGGCUGUCGUCUGCCGGCAGGGGGCGACGUUGCCACUCCGUUUUUUUUGUUUCUCUCGCACGAUUCAAUUCCCUCUCGGGGUCGGCUUGCACCAUACACGGUUGGCAGUGAUGGGCACAGGGAGGGGGGCCCGCUGAUUUUUUUUCUAAUCCCUUCGGAAACGUGUUGGGCCCGGUCCGCGCAUCGAUGAACGUGGUGGUUCACUUGUAUUUUUUUUUGUCUGUUUAAAGCCCGCUCCAAACUUCUGCGAUUCGCUUGCGCGCGCGCCUUUGGUCGCAUGCAACUUGAGGAAUCCCUUGCACGUGGGCGUCUCUGCAAACGGUUGCUGCUCGCAGUGAUCGCUCGGUCGACCCCAUACCCGAGUCCGUGCCCUACCUAAUGUCCUCUGGGCGAGCAGUUGCGCAACGAUGUGGACAAAGCGGUUGCAUGAGAUUUUUUUUUUAAGUUGCAGGCGAUGUUUGUUACGAGCCGUCCCGGUUAAAGCGGAGACCACUUGCUGGCGUUAUGGCCGGUGCCUCAGAAUUGACUAGCUGAGGAAGCGAGGCACCGGUCCAAAGUAUUGCGCACCGCCGUGUGGUCUGUAUGGCGGUUUUUUUUCUGAACGAUUCUGAUUCGUGUUUUAUUUUGUUUAAAUCUUGUGAAAGUGUUUUGUUUGGUUUAGUGAUGCAAUGUCAGCCGAUGGUUCCUGUGUGGAGCUGUGUGGGUCUGUUUGCUUGCGUGUGAGCGCACGUGGGUCCGUGUGGGCGCACGUGGGUCCGUGAGAACGCACGUGGGUCCGUGAGAGCGCACGUGGGUCCGUGUGAGCGCACGUGGGUGCGUGUGAGCGCACGUGGGUGCGUGUGAGCGCACGUGGGUCCGUGUGAGCGCACGUGGGUCCGUGUGAGCGCACGUGGGUCCGUGUGAGCGCACGUGGGUCCGUGUGAGUGUGGGUGUCUGUGCGUGUGGGGAGUGGUGGCGCAGCGAUUGGGGCACUGCGCAACGCAACCGGCCACCAAGAGUUCGAUUCCCGCUCACGGCCAGUAACGGUGGACAGCGAUUAUUUGAACUGGUCCUGGGCCCUCCCCUAGGUCUGCUCAGCCUUAAAUGAGUACCUGGUGCCGUGUGCAAAACAUCAGCCACUGGGGAGACAAAGGUGGCCGGCCGUGGUACUGUGGUUGGCCACAGCCUCCUAUAGGUGCUCGCUAACGGCACUUGUGCCCCCCUUACAGUCUGCUAAAGGCUACACGAGAGAGGGGAUCUUUGUUUUUUUGUACGUGCGCGUGUGUGCCGCUCGUAAAACUCCCAAAGUCACUGCCCUCCCCCCCCACCUUCACGGCCGGCAGCUUUCGUUUGCUUUGCGCCGCGCUCUGGCGACCUCGCAAAUAAAUAAAAAGUUCGUA